AUGGUCUCCAAGCCCAAGGCCGCACCUGCUCCUGCCGCUGCUCCUUCAACAUCGGCAGCAUCAGCCGUCCCUGCUACACCUGCCCAAGCCUCAGCACCCGCUGUAGUGCCCAACGCACCCGCCCCUGCCCCCGCCACCGCCGUGCCCAACUCGGCCGUCCUCGAAACCCCGUCGGCAUCGACCAACAGCACCGCCCUGGACACCGCCGAGACCCCGGCCGUUGCAGGAGCGUCGACGGGCGAGGAAGCAUCCUCCUCCAGCGACACGUCCUUCCUUAUGGGCUCGGCGUUGCAAUCCUCGAUCAACGAGAUGGUCAGCAUGGGCUUCCCGAGGGAUCAGGUCAUGAAGGCCUUGAAAGCGAGCUUCAACAACCCGCAUCGUGCGGUCGAAUACCUCAUGACCGUCAGUCAAGUCAGAUACUACAACAUCCUCCGUGAUUCCAUUGCAAAAUCUGAUGCAUCUGUUGAUUUUGUGGCUCCAGGGUAUCCCCGAGUCGUCCGAACCCGCUCCUGGACCGGCUGCGGCGGCUGGUGCUGGGGCCCCGGGUACACCUUCUCGUGCGGGUGGUAACGCUGCUCCUCUUGCUGCUACACCCGCACCCGCUGCUGCGGCGGCCCCUGCGGCUGCCCCGAACGCCCCUCGUAAGUUUUGCUGCUCUUGGAGCCCGCGGUCGGCGCAGUGUAGGCCCGAACCGUAGCUCACACUAUCGCCACACGAUGGUCUUCGACAGGCAACCUCUUUGAAGCACCUGCACCCGUAGCCGCUCCUGCUACAGCAGCUGCUACGACAGGGGCUACCCGAAGUGGCGCUGCCGGUUCGAGCGAGCUCGCACAGUUGGCGCAACAACCCAUCUUCGGCCAAUUGCGUUCGUUGGUGCAACAGAACCCGGCGUUGCUGCAACCUUUCUUGCAACAGCUCGGUGCUUCGAACCCCGAGUUGUUGAGCAUCAUCGAUAGGAACCAAGCUGAAUUCGUGAGAUUCUUACAAGAAGGGCAAGAAGGUGGGGCUGCGGGUGGGGAAGGGAUGGAAGGUUUGUUGGAUCAGUUCGGCGAUGAUGAGGAGGGCGAGGAUAGGAACGAGCAUUAUAUCCAGGUGACGGAGGAGGAGAACCAGGCGAUUGAUAGGUUGACCGCGAUGGGCUUCAAUAGGGAGGUCGUCAUUCAGGCUUACCUUGCGUGCGAUCGGAAUGAGGAGUUGGCCGCGAACUAGUGAGUUUUGCGCUGGUAAGGCAAGUUGGGUGGGCAAGUCUUGACUGACGACCACACUACUUGCUUGGGUUUUCUCUAGCUUGCUUGAGCACGGCUUUGACGAUAUGGAGUAGAACAAACCGUGACGACGACGACGACGACGACGAACAACUGCUCUGA